AAAUGAUUACUGUUAUAGGCUACCCCGUGUCUGACUCUUGCAGUGACGGUAGGAAUGAUGUUUAGUGCACUGCUUCUCCUCAGUCUAGUGUUAAGUACCUCAUGCUUUUAUCCACCUGUGGUCAACAUUAGCUUGGAUGACCCCCCAGAAGUGCGAUGGGCGCCACUAUUGAAAGUGUUUGACGUGACCGAACUGAAUAAAGCAGCUGCUGAGGUUAUUGAUUCUACUGUUCCAAAAUGGGUGCAUCAAGCGUUGGCUCCAGUUGUGGUGGCUUUGGACAAGUACAUUCCUUCACCAUACGCCGGAGAGAUCCGUGGAAUGGCAUCACACUUCGGAGCAACCCUUUCAGAUAUCAUAAUUCUCAACUUUGCUUAUGAAAUAUCUGCAUUCUGCACUAGUAUUGUGGCUCAGGACACAAGUGGUCAUGUGUACCAUGGCAGGAAUCUUGAUUACCCACAUGAUGUUCUCAGGAAUCUAACCAUUAACAUUAUCUUUCUAAAGAAUGGAGAGGUGGCUUACCGAGGAACCUCUUUUGCGGGUUAUGUUGGUCUGUGGACUGGACAAAGUCCUAACAAGUUCACAGUCUCUGGAGACCAGCGCGGUAAGGAGCAUUGGUGGGAGUGGUGGAAGAACAUAGUUUCUGCUUUCCUGUUAAAAAGAUCUCCAGUCAGCUGGUUGGUAAGAGAGACAUUGGAGGAAGCAACAGACUUUCAGGAUGCAGUCAUGCGAAUGUCCAAAAUCCCUAUUAUCACGGGUGUUUACUACAUAGUUGCUGGUGUUCGGGGUGGUGAAGGGGUGGUCAUCACCAGGGACAGGCAAGGCCCAGCUGAUAUUUGGCCUUUGGAUCCUUUAAAUGGACGAUGGUACAGAGUGGAAACCAACUUUGACCACUGGCUUCCACCCCCCUCAAGGGAUCAUCGAAGAGAUAUUGCCAAUAAGGCAUUAAAUGCCACGGGUCAAGAAAAUAUCAACAUAGACACACUUUUUCAGGUUUUGUCUGUGUAUCCAGUAUGUAAUGGAAUUACAGUAUAUACAACAACAAUGAGUGCAGCCUUCCCUGAUAACUACACGUCAGUUAUUAGACCACAGGGUUGCCACAAGACUGAUUAAAUUGCUUGACCUUCCAGGUGGUUCUCAUCUUGUUAGUACUGUAGUGUACAUCAUACUGAUGCAUAAAGCUGAUGUGUUGGUGGCUCUGAUAAUACACAUUGGUAUGUGAUGUAAAGGGAGAUUUACAGACAUGUGAGCCAUUCAUAAAUGUUAAUUAAAAUCAUCUGCUUA